GGGGCCUAGUGUCACGUGACGUCGCGUUUACGGAAACGGGGCCUCGUAGUAAAUUUUCUCGCUCGCUCGCUCUCCUCGCUGUUUAUUCUCGUGAAACAAUAAGACGUUUACUCUUGAGGUGUUUUGUUGUUGUUGUCUUUGUGUAAGCUGCCGAUCUCCUGCCCGCGGCGUGUGCUCGCGGGGAUGGUUUGUAAGACGUGUGAGAAGAAGCUCGGAAAAGUGAUCUGCCCAGACACGUGGAAGGAUGGAGCACGAAAUACGACGGAGGGUGGUGGCCGGCAACUCAACGAGAAUAAGGCACUGACAUCCAAGCGGGCACGCUUCAGUCCCUACGGCAAAAACCGCUUCAGCAACUGCCGCAUUUGCAAGAGCUCCGUACACCAAGUGGGCUCCAACUACUGCCAGGGCUGUGCCUACAAGAAAGGAAUCUGUGCCAUGUGCGGCAAAAAGAUCUUGGACACCACCAACUACAAGCAGUCGUCAGUGUGAAGCUUGUGUCUCAAUGGGCUCCCACCAGAUCAGCAGAUACACCAAUACCACCACUGAUGCACCAACACAACCACACUAAAGCACCAAUACCACCACAAUGACACUUGCCAUAUCAAGGUUCAUCAUGCCUUUUUUGUUGACAUGGUGCAUUACAUGUAAGAUUGCCUUGCCUUGUGUAUAUCUGUAAGACUUAGGCUGUAGAUUUUGCUGUUCAUAAUUAGGAAUUAGUUUAGUUACUCAUCAAACACCAUCAGCACCAAAAAAAUCUUGUACCACCAAACAUGUUUAAUCGACAUACGUCGAUUAAAUAUCACGCAGCAGCACACACUGAACACCAUGAAUAACUAUCACACGCAACAUGCCACAAACAUAACACUACCAUCACUUUCCUAACAUUACAUAUUGCUACUUGCAAGAUAACCAUAACAACCUUGCAUUGUAUAGAAUUGCGCAGUUUUCAGACAGGGUUCACCAUCCCAAUGCUUCAAUUAAUUUUCUUGGUUUGGUUCAAGAUUAGACUGUGUUGUCUUGUUAUGGGAGACAGCGAUAUAAUAGUAAUACCUGUAUACAACUGUUGCUGUGUUUUUCUUUUUUGUUAAAUUCCAACAGAGGCAUCCAUCCAAGCUCUGACAUUAAAUUUCAAGAUCUAGCGAUGUCUUUUUACGUGCACAUGAAACCCAACGUCCAGUCUUAGACUAACCACAUUGUAUUAUACUUUGUGAUUAAACAUUUUGAAUGUACA